AUGGAUCCAAGACGGUCGCCAGCUCUCUACAACCGCCAUCACGCCCGACCGCAUUUUCCCCUGCCACCGACCUCGACAUCGGCAUCGGCAUCGACAUCAGCAGCAGCAGCAGCCGCGCCGCCAGCCUCGCAUCGCAUCGCCAAUCCUGCGUAUGCCCACCAGCGCCGCACCUCGGACGCGCCCUACCGCCCUUCGCACGUCCGCGAAUAUUCCGAGCCCAGCCAUUCGCGUGCCCAGAGCGCUUCAUCGCUGCCCACCGCUCGCGAGCUGAGUCGCAACAUGCCGCCGCCCACGUCGCCUCCCCAGCAGCCGGGGCAGCAGCAGCAGCAGCAGCAUCCGAUGUCGCAGCAUCACCAACAGCCUCACCCGCAGCCUCACGCCGUCAUGUCCUACGGGCCUCCGCCACCCAGGCCCCCCCCCGUGGCUGUUGGACCGCCCAGCGCCUUUCCUUCAGGUCGCGAGCUGCCUGCUCUGGGCUCCAUCGCACGCGCUGGUUCAGCGUCUGGCGGUAGCUCCAUGUCCAUUUCCUCCAUGCUCGGUGGUCCGCCUCCAGCCUCGCGAGAAGCUCAACCCCCAUCGACUUCGCAGCACUACGCAUCGCACUCGGCCCCAACAUCCGCCUCGACCUCGGGCCCUGGCUUUGCGGCGUCCAUCCAGGCUUCGCCCCGAAUGCACUCUGCGUCGUCCGAGUACGCCCCAUUUCGACGGCCUCAAACCCCCGAUCUUCAGCGACCAUACGACCCCCGAGCCGGCACUGCGCCAUCCCCUCGAGGCCCCUACGCCACGACCCCCGAUGUCCAACGAUACGGCACACCGCAACAGCAACAGCAACAGCAGCCGCCCUAUCACUCGCGACACCCGUCGAGCUCGACCGACCCAUCGCGAGAUCCAUCGAGACUGUCUACAGGACCGCCGCCUCCAGGCCAAAAUCCUAAUCAGUCGAGGCCGUACGGUGGCAUGGCGCCCCGGCCGAUGGAAGUUGGGAGGGUGCCGGGCCCGGAGGACGCUUACGGUCGUCGGGAAGAAAUCACGCGGUCAGCAGCUGGUCUGGAUUACGGUGAGAGGACUGGCCUGAGGCCUUAUCCGUACGAUGAUCGCUACAGAGCAGAAAGAGAAAGGCAAAACGCAAUCGGGCUGGAACAGCAGCAGCAGCAGCAGCAGCAGCAACAACAACAACAUCAGCAGCAGCGAGAGCGAGAAGGGAGAGAGCGAGCAUACUCUGGAGGCGACCCGACCCGACAUCCGCUGCCGCCGCAUGACCAAGCCCAUCGCGAACCCCCGGUACAUCAAUCUGCCCCCUACGGCGCGCCCCCUGCAGAGCUCCUCGACCGGCGCGAUCCCCGGGACCCUCGCUGGGGACGACCGGAAACCGAGGCGAGCUACAGGGCCGCGGCCAUGGACCACCAACGGCCACACCCAGACUAUCCUCCCGCCUCUGGACCCUAUGCGCCUCAUAGCUCCUCAGCAUAUCCUACCGCGCCCCCCGAGAGAUUCCCUCCAACUUCCCAUCCCGCGUAUCCCCAGAGCUCAACUAGUGCUGCCGGCCCGCCCCAGCCUCACGAGUCUCCCGACCGAGCCCGAAUGGAGCUUCAUCACUCCCAGCAGCAGCAGCAACAACAGCAGCAGCAGCAACAACAGCAGCAGCAACAGCUACAACAACAACAGCAGCAGCAACAGCAACAGCAGCCUAGACCGCGACCUCUUGAUGACGUGCCUCCUCCUCUUUCGUCUGCGCCGUUUGGUGGCGGCGCCGGACAUCAUCAGUUUGACCCAGCGAGAAACAGAAAUGUCGACGACCCAUCCGGACCUGGUAUUCACCAGCGCAACCUGCUGGCCAUCCAAGAGAUUAACCGCAAAGGGCGCGUAUCCCCACUCCCACAGGCCGUCCAGGGUGCGCAGCCUCAGCAGCCAGGACCCGCCGCAGAACCAGGCAUUAAAAGUGAGUUUGGUCGCAUGUUUGCGGGCAUUGGUAGCGGCGUGAGCUUGGGUGGCCUAUCGAGCCCCGUUACUUCGGCCCCGGUGCCGUAUGUCAACGCCGCGCUGGCCAAACGAGACGAGAUGGACAACCAGACGGCAGAUGCUGGGCCAGACGGUACGGCCAAGGGCGCAAGGGGCAGAAGACGGAAGCAUAAUACAGACGAGAGCCGCGACGAUGAUAGUUCGGGCAGAUUGACGCCGGUUGGACGUGGCACAAAGCGUGCGAGGGGACAUGGGCACCACCACCACCAUCAUCAUCACCAUCAUCACCAUCACGCUCCCGAAGGCACCGCUUCUCCAACAGCUGGAGUAACCACGUUUAAGAAUUUCAAGGGCGUCACACCGAUGGAAUCCCCGACUGAAAAGAUGCCGAGCACCGCGCAUCAUCAUCACCAUCAUCACCAUGCGCCGCGACCCGCGCAGCCGACCCAGGCCCCGAAAUCUGCUCAGAGCCCCCCGACCGCGAUCCCGCCCAAACCGCGGACCAUUGUAUCUUCCAAGGCCGUCUUGGAGCAAGUUGCUGGCCACCCCCGCCACCACUUGGGCGACUUUAUCUACCAACCAGACUUGAAGGCGGGAAGGCUACUCCCCAACACCCCUACGCACCGGGGGUUCUCGUCAAACCCAAAGCCCCUGCCGCUGGAAUUGAUCAAGGGGAAAGAAAACUGCACCCUGACCGUCAAAGUAUCGCGUGUUCACCUAUCUUCGGUUGCUCGAGAGGAGAUUACCGCCAGGGCAUUCCUUUGGGGUACAGACGUGUAUACGGACGACUCGGACGUGGUCGCAGCGUGCAUUCACGGAGGGUGGAUCAAAGGAGAAUGGACCGAGGAUGUCGAUACGACGCUGCUGGAUCUGGAUCAAGGCCUCAAUGGGGAAACUAAGCGUCGAAAGGUUAAGAGCCAAGAAAACGAGCCCGCUAAUGCCACAUCCGAAGGCCUCAUCUCGGCGCCUCCUGUCGCAGGGCCGAUGCCUAUCCCUGCCGAGCGCGACCUACAUGUCAACGUUUUGAUACUUCCUCGACUCGUCAAAUACUCCCCGUCUACGCGAUACGGAAUUACCAGCCGCGAAUUUGGCGGCGAAUACGGAUCACGACACGCUGUCCAUGAUGGUCUGAGCUACAUGGUCAAGAGCAUUCGCUGGGUGCAGAAUGGCGCCCAACCCCAGGCUAGGCUUCGCGGAAAGGGUCGACGAGAGCGCAUGAGGGAGCAGGCGGCCAACUAUGUGAUGAUUACAGGGCUUGGAAAGGCUGAAGAUUUUGACAGCAAGCCCAGCUUGGGCAGCGAGAUCUCUGGCAACUGGGGGAAGAGAAAGAAUGCAGAUGAAGUGUCUGAGGCUAAGCGUCGACACAGUGAAGGAGAUAAGGAGAAUCAACCCGACGAGAAGACGAGCGAUGACGCCCGCUCUCAAGAGCAUGACCAGGAUAAGGAUGUUGAAAUGAGAGACAUGGGAAGCGAAGAAAAGGUGGCAACGGCUGAGGAAAAGUAA